AAUUCUCGGCUUUAUUUUUGGUUGUGGUCCAAUCCAAUUUAUGGGAGUAAUGAGAACCGAAUUACCUACUUUCGUUGGGAAGGAAAUGGUAGACAUGAAAAUAGAGAAGGAAAGGAGGGGCAGAGGGGUGAGAAAAGUGAGGGUGGCGUGCUUUAACGGCACAGAAAAAAGCUUCCUUUUUUUAAGAGGGUGUGCUUCUCUGACAGACUGACUCUAUUCAGUCUCGGCCACUCUGUAAAACCCAGUCUUCCCCUCCAAACUACAGAACUACGCCCACGCAUAUAUACCACGCACGCACGCACGCACGCACAAACCCCGUUUGUGUUUCUUCUGUUUUCUCCUUUCUUUGCAUACUGCAGAACUCGGGGGCUACGAGAGACAACUGCGUCAGAGGGAGAGCCAUUGAGAUUUGCGCCAAAAAGAGAGAUGGGAAGAUCUUGAGCGGAUCACGAUGAUUUAAAGCAAAGGCGGCGAUAAUUUAUGAGCGAGAGAGAGAGAAGCGGAGAGAUCCCUCUCUAACGACAACAAUUUCUCUCUCGGUCUCAGCUUACAAGCACUCAUAUUUUUCUCUGACGCUUGGUUUCCUUUUUGCGUUUCUCUGAAGAACCAUCUCUGUAGGAUUUUUCGAGGUCUAGGAUAUUCAUUUCAUUCUAUCGUAUUCUCUCUCCUCGAGCGUCAUCAUCGUCAUCAUAGAGCCUCCGAAUCGAUGGCAACAGCUCCAAGAUCGAGGCGGUAGUAUAAGGUCGGAGACUGUCUCGGUCCGGUGUUCAGCUGCUUCAGCAUGGUCCAGUGGCAGCGUGUAAGUUUGUAGACAGAGGAGGAAGUCACUGAAGAACCGCCAUUUCUGGACUGGGUUUUUGUUUUUUGUUCCUGGGUUUGUCUCUGAAUCGGUCAUUUCAGAGAGACAAGUUGGAGGUGGCGUGUGGACAGCUCCACUGCAUAACAGGGGCGUGGUUUUGAGUGUUCUUGCCCAAAGAUUUGUUUGUGAUUUGUGGUACUUGUCGCGGAGUAUUUAGGGUCAACAAAAAUGAAGUUUAUGAAGUUGGGUUCAAAGCCUGAUGCAUUUCAAGCGGAAGGGAAAGCUGUCAGGUAUGUAUCGUCUGAAUUGGCAACGGAUGUCAUCAUAAAUGUGGGUGAGGUGAAGUUUUUCCUUCACAAGUUCCCUCUCUUGUCCAAGAGCAAUUGGCUGCAGAAACUAGUGUUGAAGGCUACUGAGGAGAAUGAUAACGAAAUUUGUAUGGUUGAUUUUCCUGGUGGGCCAAAAGCCUUUGAAAUUUGUGCAAAAUUCUGCUAUGGAAUGACUGUUACGCUCAAUCCAUACAAUGUUGUGGCUGCUCGUUGUGCAGCUGAGUACCUAGAGAUGACCGAGGAUAUUGAUCGAGGAAACCUAAUAUUUAAGAUUGAGGUAUUUCUCAACUCUAGUAUCUUCCGCAGCUGGAAAGAUUCCAUUAUUGUUCUCCAAACGGCCAAAUCUCUUCUGCCAUGGUCUGAGGAUCUGAAAAUUGUUGGAAGAUGCAUAGAUUCCAUUGCUUCUAAAACUUCUGUAGACCCUGCAAAUGUUACUUGGUCCUACACAUAUAAUCGGAAAUUAGCGGGGCCUGAUAGAAUUGUUGAGGAUAGAGUAAAGCUCCCAGUGAUAGUGGAAUCUGUUCCAAAGGAUUGGUGGGUUGAAGAUAUAUGUGAGCUGGACAUUGAUCUUUACAAGCGAGUAAUGAUUGCCGUAAAAUCCAAGGGAAGAAUGGAUGCUACUGUGAUUGGAGAGGCACUAAAAAUGUACGCAGUUAGAUGGUUGCCAGAUUCUGUUGAUGGUUUGGUUUCUGAUGCUCAUGCCCAGAGGAACAAAUCUUUGGUAGAAACAAUCAUUUGCUUAUUGCCAUCUGACAAAGGUGUGGGUUGUUCUUGUAGUUUCUUGCUGAAACUGUUGAAAGUUGCAAUUUUGGUUGGAGCAGAUGAGUCAUCAAGGGAAGAUUUGGUGAAUAGGAUCAGUCUGAAGUUGCAUGAAGCUUCUGUUAAAGAUCUAUUGAUCCCAGCUCGGUCUCCCCAAAUUACUAUAUACAAUGCUGAGUUGGUGCAGUGCAUUUUAAAUCGAUUCUUGAUGCAUGAGAAGUCCAACUGGGAUAUGGAUGUUGAGAAGAAUGAGAAGGAGACCGAGAACUUUGUCUUGAAACUUGGGUCCUUGUUGAAUGUUGGUAAAUUGAUUGAUGGAUAUCUAGCGGAAAUUGCACGUGAUCGAAAUCUCGCUCUCUCUAGUUUCAUUGACUUGGCACGGACGGUACCUGAAUUAGCUAGACCUACUCAUGACAGAUUGUACAAGGCCAUUGACAUCUACCUGAAGGAACAUCCGAGUUUGACAAAAGUUGAAAGGAAGAGGAUAUGUGGACUUAUGGUUGUCAAGAAACUGACUAUGGAUGCAUCCAUGCAUGCUGCUCAGAAUGAGCGCCUCCCACUUCGGGUUGUUGUCCAAGUUCUCUAUUUUGAGCAGGUUAGAGCAUCUGCUGUUUUUAGAUCCGUUAACAACAAUUCCCGGGAUGCUUCACUUUCCACGCAAAAUACAGACGAAGAAUGUGAGAAUACAGCUGAAAGCUGCAGAACCCUCGAGAAGCAGAUGAGUCAAAUGGACGGGAAACUUGCUAAGAAGAGCAGCAAAAACAGCAGAAGCAGCAUGCAGUUGCUGCCAUCCCGGUCAAGGAGAAUAUUCGAUAAACUGUGGGCUGUGGGUAAAGUGCAUGGAGAUAACAGGAGCCCUGAGACGUCUGUGAGUUCGCAGAGCCCAACUUCAAUGGUUCCUGUAGACACCAAAUCCUCAGGUUCAUCUUCAAGACACAGGAGGCAUUCAAUCUCGUAGAGGACUUUGAGUUUUGAGGAGGGUUCAUUCAGACUUCAGAAGGAGAGGGAGACUCGAACCGCUUUUCAAGUGUAAAAAAUGGUAGGUUUUGUUAUAGCUGCUGAAGGGUUUUAACUGUUUAGCUGCAGAGUGCAAAUUGUUAGUUUGAAAAGGGUUACUUCACCCAAAAGAAAAGAAAUGUAAUGUGAGCCUUUUGAGUGCCUUUUUAUUUCUAACAUCUGUUGGUUCCAAAUUGUUACUUUGUUUUAUCAUAUAAAAGUCCAUCGAUGUAGGCC